UGGCGCUCGUCAAUAUGGUUCACGGUAUUGGCCUGUGGAUUCACACUCUUCACAGACACAUUUCUUUAUUCUAUGGCUGUGCCCAUUUUACCAUUCGCCCUAACACAAAAGAUCCAUAUCCCGGAACAGAAUGUGCAGACUUGGAUUUCUAUCCUGCUGGCAGUUCACGGUGCAGGUAUUGCAGUUGUCUCCCCUAUCUGUGCGUGGUGGGCCGACAACAGUGCCACUCGAAAAUUACCUUACCUGUUUGGACUCCUUGGGCUCUCGAGCGCUACCGUUCUGCUUGCCCUUUCAUCUUCCAUCACGAUGCUCGUCCUCGGUCGGCUACUACAGGGUCUCUCCGGGGCGGUCGCGUGGACGCUGCCUCUGGCAAUUGUGACCGACCGCGUGACAGUUGACCAGGUCGGCCCGUACCUUGGGUAUAUGACCAUCGGACGAAGCAUUGGGAUGUCCACCGGCCCACUGGUCGGCAGUCUUGUGUUUUCCUACGGAGGCUAUCUCCAAGCAUAUAUUCCGGCUUUUGUUGUGCUCGGCGUGGACAUGAUCCUACGACUUACUUUGACCACACGCUCGCAACAGGUUGCGCAUUCGCAAGUCUGCCAAGCACGAGCUUCUCAGACUCUCAACCUUCUCACCAGCCGCCGUAUGUGGGCAGCCAUCUGGGGAUCUUUUCAGUCCGCAUUCAUUUGUGGAGCCUUGGACUCGGUGCUGCCACUGUUUGUACUCCACACCUACGGCUGGAGUUCAAUGCAGGCUGGUGGUUCGUUUGUGGCAUUGAUGGGUCCGUCAAUGAUUUCACCAAUGAUAGGAAAGCUUGUUCCACGAUUAGGCGUCCGAGUAAGCGCAGUUUGGGGAUAUCUUGGAUCUGCAGUAACACUAGGCUGCCUAGCCCUAGUCAGGAAAGAUACGGUCGCUCACAAAACUUCAUUCGUCAUCGUUCUUAUCCUGUGCGGCUGCUCCAUGGUUUUCUUCGAGAUCGCAGCAUGGAUUGAUGCUGUGACAGCAGCACAAACUAAGGCUGAGAACCAACCGCAUUAUAUUUACCCCGGUGGCGCUAUUGCUCAAGUUUACGGGCUAACGAAUGUAUUGUUCGCACUCGGGUUUGUCGCUGGGCCACUUGGAGCUGGGCUGAUGUACCGGCAGUGUGGCUGGACAGCAACGGUCCUGUUGUUGGCAUCUAUCACGUUUACUAGUGCUAUCCCGACAAUACUUUGGCUGGAA